UCGGUCACGCUGCAGACCAGCUGUUGCAUGCCAUGUUUAUAUUAAGUUUUUAUUUUGUGUAGUGCACAUAUUUAUUAGAUUCAAGCAGCUAUAACGUGUUGAGUUUACAACUGAACGAAAAUGGUCAACGAUGAGGCAGGCGAGACACAGAGUACCAAAUUAUUAGGGUAUGACUUCUAUCGCCGUACUCUGGGGUCCCCUCGGUAUGUGGUGGCGCCCAUGGUCGACCAAAGCGAGCUGGCGUGGCGUAUGCUUUGCCGUCGCUAUGGAGCCGAACUCUGCUACUCGCCCAUGUACCAUGCCAAUUUGUUCGCCCACGAUCCCAAAUAUCGCAAGGAUGCACUGCAAACGUGUCCGGAGGAUAGGCCGCUGAUUAUUCAGUUUUGCGGUAAUGAUGCUCAACAGAUACUGGAUGCGGCGCUGUUGGCACAGGAUCAUUGCGAUGCGGUGGACAUAAAUCUGGGGUGUCCACAGGCCAUCGCCAAGAGGGGGCACUAUGGUUCAUUUCUGCAAGACGAAUGGGAGUUGCUGACGGAUAUUGUCAGGACACUGCACGAGAAGCUGUCUGUACCGGUGACCUGCAAAAUCCGCAUCUUCGAGGAUCGAGAGAAAACAUUACGAUAUGCCAAAAUGCUGGAGGCUGCCGGCUGUCAGCUCCUCACCGUUCAUGGCCGGACCAGAGAGCAGAAGGGACCCCUCACAGGUGUGGCCGAUUGGAGUUACAUUGAGGAGCUGCGGCAGCACUUGAAAAUACCCAUGUUCGCCAAUGGCAAUAUACUGGGGCUGGCGGAUGUCCACCGGUGUCUGGACGAGACGGGCGUGGAUGGUGUGAUGACUGCCGAGGGUAAUCUGCAUAAUCCGGCCAUCUUUCAAGGCAUAGCACCGCCCGUCUGGCAGAUGGCCAAAGAGUACUUAGAACUUGUGGAUCUAUAUCCCUGUCCCAGCUCCUAUAUCAGAGGACAUCUCUUCAAGCUCUUCCAUCACAUCAUGAACAUACGGCAGAAUUCAGAGCUUAGGGACACGCUGGCCACUUCGAAUCAGUUAGUGCAAUUCCAAGCGGUUGUGGACAAAGUCCAGGCCAAAUAUGAGCCCUAUCAUCGGAAGGAAGUGGUCUAUGUACCGGAGGAAAUGGAUGCCACCAUAAGUACAGAUAACCUCGAACUUUCACCCUGGCUCUGCCAGCCCUACAUACGCGCCUCCCCCGAAUCCCAUCGACAGAAAAUUGCCGAAAAAGAGCUGGAAGCCAUUGAUCCGAAUCGCACUAAGCGUCAAUACUUUGACAAAGACGGCAAUGAAAUCUCCCGAAAACGCAUGAAAAAGCUGCGAAGACGCCAGCGGCGACCCAAUAAAACCGAGGCCCAAAUCCACCAUCGACAUGAACGGCGACUGCAAUACUGCACGGCAUGCGCCAAUCCGCAGGGAUCAAAGUGUGAAUUUAAUCUAUGCCGAGUGUGCUGCAAGGACAAGUGCUAUGGUGAGGACUGCGACUGUCCCGGCCAUGGUAUACUGAUCAAAUCGAGACGAGCCAAGGCAAAACAGUACCAGGAACAUUCCAAAUUAGAGGAAAAUUCCGAUUCCGGCAUCCGCAUUGACCAUCUGGAUAAUGAUCCUGUUGUGCGUGUUGCGGCUGGUGAUGUUCCCUGAUAAUCGGCUUAAAUGAAUUUAUGUAGGAAACGACUAUUCUAAUUGUUCCUAUGUCUGCUAAUAAAAGAAUCAAAAUAUUUUUUUUGUUAAA